AUGACGAAAACAACUUUUAUACCGAUGCGUACGUUUGCAGUGCUUAAUGCUGUACCUAAAGAACGACUUGGUCAGGUGCUGACUCGUGUGCUGGACAAGAUGGCGAGGAAUGAGGUCGAAGUAUUUAGUGCAAGUGAAAAGUCCCAGCUCGAGACGAUACUGAUGCUGUCGGGCGAACAAAUUGACUCGAUUAUCGAUGUUACCAUGACAAUAUAUCAUGACGCCGCCAUGUUUGGCCAUGUGGACCAAAAUUUGCUUACCUCGCAUGGCGUCGAUGAGAAUGUCGUACAUGCAAUAGAAAAGGCGUGGAGAAAGAGAGGACGCUCCGUGGCGGCACAGAUCGCCGCGUUCAAAAUGGUUUGUAGACCAGCACUACAGCUGCGUAAGACCGAAUGGCGUUUGCAUUUGGAGAUGGGGAGCAACAAACGUAGCAGGCAGUCGAAGCCAUUGGCAAUUUUACAGCUUGACCUUGUGGGUCCAAGUGCAAAUGAGAAUGAGAAGAUGGAUGUCGAGAUUUCGCACACAGAGUUGCGUUCUCUAUUUCUUCAGCUAAAUGCCAUCCAAGCGGAGCUGGAUACAUCACCGCUAUAG